CCUUGGAUUCUUUUUAAACUCAAACCCACCCACUGGUUUUUCCUCACCAGCUUUUUCUCACCUCUUGCAAAUAGAUUUGUGCUUGUAAGUUGCAGCUAUGGUUCACCACAAACGCUCCUCUUUACCCUCCAAAGAUCACUUCCAAAAGCUUCCAGAGUCUCUUAUCUUAAUCAUCAUUUCUUUCCUACCUUUUAAGGAGGCUGUGAGGACAUCCGUUCUGUCAAAACAUUGGUGCAACUUUUGGCGUUCUACUGGCAACGUUGAGCUGAACGAGGGGUUCUUCGUGGAUCCUGAAGAUUCUGUUGAAAACCAAAGAGAACAGCGAAGAAAUUUCCUGGACUUUGCCCAGAAAUGGAUCCGUGAGUUUCAGGAGCCCUGCAUCAGAAACUUCGCCCUAGUCUUUUCUAGGCGCAUAGAUAUCGCUAAGUACAUGCAAGGUUGGGUCAAGUUUGCCCUAGAUCAUCACACCAAAGGGCUGACCCUCGAUCUCUCCGAUCCAACGUGGGAUGACGAGGAUCUCCUCAAAAAACAAAAACCAAUCUUCCAUUUACCAUCACAGGCUUACAAGUACAAAGGUUUUGAGUCCCUGAACCUUGUCCUUUGUAAGGUUAACGUAUCUGCAUUAGUGAAUUUGGGUAUGCUGAAGGAUCUCUCUCUUGGGUGGAUGGAACUCAGUGGGAGUCAUAUAAACACUCUGCUGAAGAACUGUCCACUGCUUGAGAGUUUAAGCGUAAAAAGGUGUUGGGGUUUCGAGCAGAUCGACAUUUCUUUUGUGAAACUCAGGCUGAAAAAGUUAGUCAUUGACAAAUGCCUUUUUAAUAAUGGCACCUGUUGGAUCUCGAUCGAGGGACCAGAGCUCCGCUACUUCAACUAUUCAGGGCCGGUAGGGCUGUUCUAUCUGGAAAACCAAUCCGGUCUGGAUGAAGCAUACCUUGAUUUCGGGAUGGUAACUGAGUUUGAGCCGCUCGAUAGUGAAAUAUACAUUUAUACCUUCUUGGAGCAAAUACAAUUUGCCAACGUCCUUUCUGUUUGCUCGUAUCUGAUCCAGCUUAUUCCCUAUGGGAAUUUUGCGCCAUUCGCUCUAUGUGCUAACCAUCUGAUCUUAAAGACUUCAUUGCAUGCUCGUGAAUUUCUCGGGAUCAAAUUCUUACUAGAUAGUUGUAUAUUGCUUGAGACUCUUACUAUUGAGGUUUACCCUACUAAAAUUUUCACUGAUGUUGAGCGCCCAUAUGUGAACUGGGCAAGGGACUUUUUCGAAAAAUUGUUCUUGAAGGUGGUGGUGGUUAAAGGCUUCAAAGGAACAGAUGAUGAAUUGUACACCCUGCAAUUCAUUCUCCGCAUUGGAAAAGCCAUCGAGCAAGUGAAUAUAUACAUUUGCAGAGAAGUUGAUGAUGAUGGUGGCAUUAACAUGGAACAUUAUGCAGAGCGGGCGCAAUUGGUGCAUGAAUUGAGUAAGGCCUCAAAGAAUGUUCGUAUAUCAAUAUAUUGAUAAACGUAUCGACCUUCAAAUAUAUAUAUAUAUAUGGCAUCUGUGCGUGGCUCAUGUUUUCUUCCCUGGUUUUUGAUGAAGUGAAUUAGUAUGUGCUUGCUGCUUGUAUAAGUUGAUGUGCCUGUGUUGUCUAUGAUGACAAACUCUCAUAUUUUACAAUGUAUAUGGUGUUUUAAGAUUUUCAAUAUAAACAUGUCCCUCUC